GUCACUUUGACUCGCGAAUCGUAACCGCGUUGAACGAGCGUUUUUCUGUUGCCAAAAUCAGCUGCGACGACAAUUUCGUCCUUUCAAACUAUCGAUCAACACAGAUUCACACAGCAGAUAAAGAGAACAGUCCAGUUUUGGGAUAAGUACACGCUGUACUUGCUGCAGUGAAACUCUGAAGUUGAGCUCGAGGCCCAGCGGAGAGCUCGAGCGGCGGCUCCCAAAAAGUUUGUUGUUGUCACGUGACGCGAGACGAAUGUGGCGAUAAAAGUUUGUUUAGAUAGUAAAACUAGGUGGCGUACUUCAUUAUUAAACCCCGUUCAACAUCGUUGCACCACAAUGCCUCAACCAAAAUACCGAAAGAUCGCAGUGAUAGGUUACAGGUCUGUAGGAAAGUCAUCUCUUACAAUACAGUUUGUGGAAGGACAGUUUGUUGACUCCUAUGAUCCCACCAUUGAAAACACCUUUAAUAAAAUGGUCAGCGUUAAUGGUCAAGACUUCAAUCUUCAGCUGGUUGAUACUGCUGGACAGGACGAGUACUCAAUUUUUCCACAAUCCCACUCAUUGGACAUCCAUGGCUAUGUCCUUGUCUAUUCCGUGACUUCUAUGAAAAGUUUUGAAGUUGUUCAGGUUCUACACGACAAGCUGCUAGACAUGGUUGGAAAGAUUCAGGUUCCAACCGUUCUUGUUGGGAACAAAAAAGAUCUCCACAUGGAAAGGGUUAUCAAGCCAGAGGAAGGAAAGAAACUUGCUGAUUCCUGGGGUGCUGCUUUCAUGGAGUCCUCAGCCAAGGAGAAUGAGACUGCUGUGGAGGUUUUCAAGCGAAUCAUAUUGGAGAUGGAGAAAGCCGACGGAAACGCACCGUCAGAGGAGAAGAAGUGUGCUGUGAUGUAGAAGUGUACCCAGGACCUCAGUAAGCUUGUUUGCUGAAGACAGGAGGCACAACUUCACCAGCUUUCCAGUCGUGACCUCACAGACACCAAGAUGCUGCAGCGGAAAUCUGCUGCUGCUCCAUUGUGAUACCAGAUUGAUUUAAACAGCAUGGCACCUGCCCAGACAGGGAUACACUAUUACACUAAUUAUAACCAUAUGGAGAAGUUUGAAAGAGCAAGGAUUAGUCUUUGUUUUAGACAGAGAAGCACAUUCAUUGAACACUUUCUUUAAAAUAUUGAGAUGUAAUUUCUCACUGGGCAUAAUAUUGAUUUUUGAGUUUAAAACAAAUGCUCAGAAAACAAAAUAAUAUUGCCAAACAUUUUAGUCCUAGGUAAUCGUAUCAAAUUUUUCAUGAAUAUAUAAUAACUAGAUGUAAAUCUUAUAUUGAGACAUCAUUGGCUUAUGUCUCAUAACUUUGAGUAGAUGAAUUCAUAUCCAGUGAGGGCUGGUUAAUAACCUUUUUGAAGACUGGUGUAUUAUUUCAUCAGGUCAUUUUUGACAGUGAUGGAGAGUCACAGUUCACAUUGCUUUAAAUGUGGUGUUAAUAUGUCACUAUUUCUCACAAAAGGUGGAUUUCCUCAAACACCCCAGAAUGAGAUUUCACACAAGAAAUUUCACUGUAGUUUCUCAGUUCUUUUCACUGUAAUUUUUAUUAACUCAUCUUCAGGUACCUCUCACCAAUGAACUCUUGAGCUGUGUCUUCAUGGAUGGAUGAAUCUAUUUGUACAUUCAAUGACUCACAUUUUGGGCUCUUCUGCUAAGCGGAUUAGUCUACUUCCAUCGCUUCUACAGUUUUAAUUUCUCUGUUUUGCCUGUAAUAAAGCCGUUAUCUUAUGGAAGCCUCAGAGAAAUUUAGUAUAGAUUAGAAAAUAUAUUUCAUAUUAUGUUAUGGCCCUUUUAUACAUUAUAAAUAGUCUUAGAAAUGGGUUUGGUACUAUUGGUUAAAUUUUGAGUGAUGCAAGUUUGCACUCCCCUUCAACACAGUAUGUGCUCACAAGUGCAUUAUUAUUAUGAACAUAGUUGACUUGCAAUAUUUUUUUAAAAUUGCAUUUUAUCUGUGUAAGAAAAUGGCUAAGGGCCACUGAGUUAGCUUAGUAAUUUUUGAACUCAUGGUUUUGAUGUGAUGGUUCAUGCAGGCUUGAGAAAGACGAACCAGGAUGUCACGCAAUGCAUUAAAUUCAUAUUGCGGACCUAUGAUCACUGUCAGACAAUUGAGAUCCUUAAUGACUUGUUCUUCUUAGCUCCUGUAACCUUAAAAAGACAUGAUAGACUGUGGAUUAUUUCACCUUAAUUCUCAUGUUAUUCCUCUAGUAGGUAAUUGUAACAUUUUAGUGCUUUGCUGAGUAAGUAGUUGAUUGAUGGAUGAUUGAUGAUGGUUGAACAGAAGCUGGUGAUGCUGUGUCUUGUGCCUUACAGAUCUUCAAACUCCCUCAUCUGCUUCCCGUCAUGACUAAAGGUGCUCUUAAAGGGGUUUUUUUUUUCCUUCUGUUGACUUGAUCCCAUGGUUUUAGGUGCACCUAAACACCAAUAUUCCCAUGUUGGUCAAUGUUAAUUCAGAAAUCUUGCUGUAAACAGUUUUGUAUAUAAAUAAAUCUGUUACUCAUUUGA